GUACGAGCCCAUGCAGAUAGAUUUCAUCGCGGUCAGCAGCCAGGGGGACGGGUAUUCGGACGAGCGCCAUCCGUCCGACCAGCACGACGGCGACAUGCAGCAGGCCGACUGGCGGCACGAUGGGGCCCGACAGCACAGCUUCGACACCCACGACUGGGACGACCAGUGCGGCAUGCAGAAGGCCCCGUUGCAACAGUUCAGGGGCCAGCACCACGACUUUGACGCCCACGAGGAGGACGAGGAUGAGUCCCGCGCGACCGAGGGCCACGAUGGCGACCUGCAGCAGAUCGACGGGCAGCACGACGGGGAGCUACA